GAGCCUGAUCACCCAUACAACAAACAUGUCCGAGUCCAAAGUAGUCGCAACUCAGAGGUAUCGUGUUGGCUAUGCUCUCCAACCCAAGAAAGUCGAAACGUUCCUUCAACCUUCUCUUCUCGAUUACGCUGAACAAAACGGCAUCGACCUCAUACCAAUCGACCCCACCACACCCUUACAACGACAAGGCCCUUUCCAUUGCAUCAUCCACAAAUUCCCCACCCAACAGUGGAACAAACACCUCCAAGAAUUCUCAGCCAAACACCCUAACACUAUCAUCAUCGAUCCCCCUGAGUUAGUCGAUCGCCUUUGCAAUCGGAUUUCCAUGCUCGAGGCAGUGACCAACUUGCAAAUUUCUCUUCAAAAUGCCACUGUUGGGGUUCCCAAGCAAGUGUUCGUGAACGACCCGAAAACCUUCGAUUUCGACAAAAUCGAAGAACUGGGAUUGAGAUUCCCCGUGAUAGCAAAACCGUUUGUGGCUGACGGCACCGCUGAGUCUCACAAACUGUGUUUGGUUUUCGACCGUGAUGGGCUCAACGCGUUGAGCGUUCCCACGGUGCUGCAAGAGUUUGUGAAUCACGGUGGGGUUGUUUUCAAGAUUUACGUUGCUGGGCAACGCGUGAAUUGCGUAAAGCGCAAAUCUUUGGGUGAUAUAUCCGAGGAGAAGCUGAGAACAUUGAAAGGGUCACUACCAUUUUCUCGACUAUCGAACUUUAGCGUCGAAGACGAGGAAGGGGGUGGUGGCGCCGUUGAGACUGCUGAAAUGCCUCCUCAGAGUUUGGUGUGUGAGUUGGCGAUGGCAUUGAGGGAAGCAUUGGGACUUAACCUUUUCAACGUGGAUUUGAUAAGAGAUGGUAAAGGUGAGAGAAGGUACCUUGUGAUUGAUAUCAAUUACUUUCCGGGGUAUGCAAAAAUGCCAUCUUAUGAGCCCUUUAUCACCAAUUUUUUGUUGGAUAUUUUACGCACCAAGAAGGCGUAGUUGAGUUACCAGCCUCAAGAUGAUGUUAUUACAUUACUGUCUAAUCAUUAUCGUUAUGUUUGUUUAAGUGCCUUUAAACCUUACUCUUUUUUAAUGUCGUUUUUGAGAAUGAUCGGUGAUAUUUGGCACCUGUUAUAUUUGAUUGGGGUUUUGAUCAUUUGAACGUCCAGGAGUCUUGACUGUAUUUCCUUUCCAUAAAACGUGGUAUGGUAUU